GGACUCGAUGGCGGCUCCGGACGGGACUCUGGUGGGAGUGUGUGACUCGGAGCUGGACCCGGACCGACACCGGUCCUCGUACCUCACCAACAAGGUGGGGGGGCAGCCGGACUGGUUUCCGGGUGUGUGUCCCCCGUGUCCCCGCUGUUCCCGCUGCGGAGCCCCGCUGAGCCACGUGGUGCAGGUGUACUGCCCCCUGGCGGCCUCCCCGUACCACCGGAGCCUGCACCUGUUCGCCUGCCCGGGGCCCGGGUGCAGCCGCGGGUCCCAGGGCUGGAGGGUCCUCCGGUCCCAGGGUCUGGAGGACCAGGGGCCGCAGGGGGGGACCAGCCGGCCCGACCCGGCCAAGGAGGCUCCUCGGCCGGCCACUGACUGGUGUGACACCGCUGAUGACUGGGGCCUGGAGGAGGAGGAGGGCUGGGGAGGAGGUGUGAAGAAGGAGCAGGAGGAGGAGGAGGCAGCAGCUCCUGAAGCAGGAAGUCCGUCUCUCAGCAGCCGCCUCCAGGAGCUCCGCCUGGCAGAAUCACACGGUGACCUCCUGGUCUUCCGCUCGUUCUUCAUCAGCGUGGUGCAGGAGUCGGACCUGUGGGGCGAGGAAGACGAGCUGGAGCACGCUCAGGAGCUGCUGAGGGAGUACGAGGGGAGAGAGGGCGUGGCGGUGAGGACGCUGGAGGAGGGCGGCGGCGGCGGCGAGGAGAAGUACGAGAAGUCCCGAGCCAGACACGGAGACGCCUUCUUCUCCAGGUUCAUGAAGAGGAUCUCGCUGUGUCCUCAGCAGAUCCUACGCUACUGCCGCGGCGGGAGGACGCUCUUCAUCUCCGAGCCGCCGCCCCACGUGGCGCGGCUGGUGUCGGCGUGCGGCUCCUGCGGAGGACCCAGGGCCUUCGAGCUGCAGCUGAUGCCGGCGCUGGUCAGUCUGCUGCAGAGGACGCAGGGCGGCGUGGAGCUGGAGUUCGGGACGGUCCUGGUGUUCACGUGUGUGAGCAGCUGCUGGACGCCGGGAUCAGGAUCCGCUGUGGAGGAGUUCUGCUUCGUCCAGACCGACCCGGACCAGCAGCUGUUCAACUGAGACACAGCUGGACUGAUCCUCACUGUGGGGGCGUGGUCACAGGCAUCACAGCCCGCCCAUAUCUGACGUGAUGAGACGUGAAACAUUCAGGCAGAGACGCAACCAGAACCUGAAGUCUGGUUUAUAUUUAAAUAAAUGAACAGAUUUGGUUUCAGACGAGUGAUGAUCGUUUGAUUUCUGGGUCCAUGUUUCCCAGAUGACACCAAGUUUUCCAAAAUUUUGUGGGUGGAGGUUGUGA